CUUAUCCUUUUAUGCCAAAUAUCCAAUGCUUCUCUUCAAAAAUCUUUUCUCCCUUAAUACAUGGGAACCAACCAAGUUAUUUUCUAAAAAUCAUCUUUCCCCUGUCUUUGAUUUUAAAAUUUCAUCCUUGGAGAAUGAAAAAAGAGCAAGAAGAACCAAAUCUCUCAAGUGUGAAAAUGUAGUAAAUUCAUAUUCUUCUCCUCAUGAUCAACAUUUUUCACUUAGAGCAGUCACUGAUGAUGCAGCCAUAACUAUGGAGGAUGAACGAGAAAUUAUAGCACAAAAAGCCAAUAAUGGUAUAGGGAUUAAUGAGUUUUUUGAAGGGAAGAACAUUCUUGUCACAGGUGCUACAGGGUUCCUUGCUAAAGCUCUGGUUGAAAAGAUGCUGAGAACAACAUCAAAGGUAAACAAGAUCUACAUACUCGUCAGGGCAAUGGAUAAGGAAGCUGCAUUUCACAGAUUAAAAAGUGAAAUUAUAGAGUCAAAAUUGUUCAAAUGCCUAGAAGAAAUGCAUGGUGAAUCCUACAAGUUGUUCAUACAAAGUAAAUUGGUUCCUGUCGUUGGAAAUAUAUAUGAGCCAAAUCUUGGUAUGGAUAUUAUUACUGCUCACAAGAUUGCGGAAGAAAUUGAUUUGAUUGUGGACUCUGCAGCCAUCACUACAUUUGACGAGAGGUAUGACUUAGCUCUUGAUGCUAACGUGAAUGGUCCAUGUCAACUCAUGAUGUUUGCAAAGAAAUGCAAGAAACUUAAACUUUUUAUGCAUUAUUCAACUGCGUAUGCAAAUGGUGGAAGAAAAGGAUUAAUUUUGGAGAGGCCUUUUACUAUGGGAGAAAGCAUAACAAAGGAAAUGAUCACUUCAAAUAAUGUUCCAUCACUACAUGCUGCCAUUGAAUUGGACCUAGUUUCAAAGUUGAAGAACAAUAUUAAUGACAAUGGCUUGGAGCAAAAUAUGAAAGAUUUAGGAUUAGAGAGGGCAAAGUUGUAUGGAUGGCAAGAUACAUAUUCAUUCACAAAGGCCAUUGGUGAGAUGAUGAUAGAUAGCAUGAGGGAUGAAAUACCAAUUCUCAUUCUUCGUCCCUCCAUAAUAACAAGUAGCUAUAAAGAACCUUUUCCAGGCUGGAUACAAGGAUUCAGGGCAAUCGACCCAUUAAUCUUUUUCUAUGGAAAGGGUGACCUCCCUGGCCUUCUUUGUGAUCCAGACUGUUUUGUUGAUGUUGUUCCAAUUGAUAUGGUUGUAAAUGCAACAAUGGCUGCUAUUGCAAAGCAUGGAUGUUUGCAAACUCCACAACUAAAUGUCUAUCACGUGGCAUCAACUUCUGUGAAUCCUAUAUCAUUUUCUCAGCUUUUCGACCAUAGCUAUGAAUAUUUCACUUCAUUUCCUUUUGUUAACUCAAAAGGAGAUAAAGUUAAGGUUAAGGAGAUGAAAUAUUUUGACAAAUUAUCAGACUUCUCAAAUUAUAUUUUGGAGGUAUUAUCCAAGCAACAUAGAGUACAAGAUUUAAACGAAAUAGAGCUAUCGAAGAUUCAAAAGCGAUUUAAAAGGAAAGUGGAAUAUUUGAAGCAUUUCAGCAAGCUCUAUGAACCAUAUACAACCUACAAAGGACGGUUUAAUGUUGGCAACAUGCGAAAUUUAAUGGAAGAAAUGUCUGAAGAAGAGAAAAGAAGCUUUGAGAUUGAUGCAUCAAAGAUAAAUUGGAGAGAUUACUUAUUAGGAAUUCAUCUUCCUGGUGUGAAAGAACAUGUAUUGGAAGGCAGAAAAAUAUCUUCCUAAUUUGCAUACAUUGGGAGAAAACAUUAGGUCGUCCUGGUGUCACAAACAUUGCUUCCUCUAUAUUAUUGUGAUAGGAAAGCAAUGAAACUAGUUUUGGAUUUUCUUCUCAACGGUUUCUAUUGUGUUUAACUUUUACCGGUAUGAAAUGCUUUGUUAUAAAUUUAUAAUUGUGGAAGGGCAUGGUUAUUUACCAUCCUGUUGCUCCUAAUUUUAUCUCUUCAUCACAUAACAUUAUGGGAAAAUCACAUAAUAAUACCACUUGAGGUUAAAUAUUAUAAAUUAUAUUAAUACUUUUUCUUAUUUACAAAAUAUACAAGUUUAAUUACUACAUAUACCAGAUUUUAGUUUAAUGUGUAGUGCCUUGAUUUUAGGCUUUUAAUAAGGAAAGAAUUUGUAUUUAAAAUUUUUAAUUUUAUUGUAGGAUACGAUCAGUUUUUACAUUUAUCAAAAAGAUACUCUCUCUCUCAUACAAUCAGUUUUUCACAUUUAUCAAAAAGGUCUAUUUUCUCUCUCUCUCUCUCUCUCUCUCUCUCUCUCUCAAACUCCCUCUCUUCCAUUUUAUACUGAGUUUUAAUUUUUUUUUACUAAAAAUCAAAAUUUAAUCUUUGUUUCCUAGUAACUAUCGAUUUCAACUUCCAGAUGAAAAAUUAUACACCAGUUUCGUUGUUUCUUUGCUGAUAUCAAAUCUUCUACAACUCACAUUAUUUUUUUGUUUAUUCAUCUUUCUUGUUUGAAGCACAUAGUAAAAAGCUUCAAAUGGGGACUCCAACUCUUAAAAUCAACAGGCUUUUUGCUUCUUCAAGCCCGAAGAUUGGUCCGGAUCCAUCUUUCGACUUGCAUGCAUUCACUCAAUCUCCUGUUAAGGAAGAUGGAAAACAACUUAUUGUUACCCCCAAGGUAGUUCAACAAAAAAUGGUUACACGAAGCAAAGGCAAAAGGAAGGGGAAAGAAAUUUCACUUGGAAUGUCAAACGAAAUCGCUUCUGAUUCUGAUUUUGAAGAUGAUAUCGCUUCUCCUUCUUCUAAGAAAAAUAAGGUUGAUAGUGGUAAAACAUCAAAUCCGAAGAAAGAAAAUGAGGUUCAUAUUGUUUUACAAAAAGAGGUUAAAAACGGUCAAACAUCAAAGAGGACCCGUGCAAAACCGAAAUUGAAGGUAAAGAAGGUGCAAACGAGAUUUUGUACUUACACCAACAUCAAAGCUAUUGAGCAUAUAAAGUCGCGACUAAAGUCUAAGAAGCAAUUGCAGAUGUUUAGGGAGUCCCCAUUUGGAUAUUUUCUUGAUUUACCGAAUAUCAAGGUUCGUCAACAACUCAUUCGCAGCUUGAUGCAUGCGGAGACUGAUAAUGAUAGAGAUGAUAUGUUUAUCAUCAAGUUGAAUGGAGAAGAGCUCUAUUUUAGGAUAAUAGAGUUUGCCAUUAUCAGUGGUUUGAAAUGCGGCAUGCCGAGUGAAUUUGUUCCGGACCAUAAUUCACCAAAUUGGUUAAUGAAUAGUUACUUUCCCAAUCAACAAAGAGUACUAAAGAGUGAGUUGAUAAGUUUUUAUGAAGGAAGCAUUUGCGUGGGUGAUGAAAAUCUUGUAAAAAUCUCCAUUCUGUAUUUUAUUAGCACAUUCUUAUUCUCAACUGAGCCUUCCAAAUCUUAUGUAUCUAGGCUGCACUUUGACUUAGUUGAGAGUGGUGAAUAUAGAAACUAUCAUUGGGGAAACGAUUGUUUUAACGAAACACUUGGUUCUGUUAGUCACCAAUUGAGUGGUGAUCCAUCGUAUUAUAGGGUUGGGGGCUUUCCACUUGCUUUGCAGGUUUGGUUUUAUGAAUGUUGCUCGAAGGUUAAUCCUUUUGUUGCUACUCGUAUUGGAAACCACAUCCCUCGUAUUCUUAAUUGGCAAACAUCCCAGGAUAUAUUGUACUUUGACUAUCUGAAGAGGGGGAUGUUCAAAACUUAUGGGAAUUAGGUGUUUUUUUCCAACAUCACACCAGCAAACGAUGAAUUGCCACUUCUCACUGAGUUACCAGAUGUGCCACGACCACAUACUACCACAAGUGAUACACCAUCUGUACAUGGUUCUGAGUUUGAGGCAUUGAAGAAUGAGGUUGUAAAUGUUCGUGAAGAUUUGAAACUAUUUCAGAAGAAGGUAGAGGAUGAUUUUAAACAGUUGAAGCAACACUUGGAUAAAUCAAUAUUGAACAUACUUACAGAGAUCAAGUCCUCACAUGGCAGGCAGACGGAAAAUAAUGAAUAUGAGGGGUUUUUUUUUUUUUUUUUAAACUUAGAUGGUGUUUCCUCUAUAUUAUCAAUCCAAUUUUAAAUUAAUAAGCAUACAUUAAUAUACAGGGUACCAGAGGAGUUAAGGUUGUAGAUGGAAAAAGAACCUAUAGUGGUGACCAGAAUGACAAGUAUCAUGACAUACAAGCUGAGGUUGAUGAACAAGCGGCUAAGGGUGCAGUUGGUGGGCAUGAUGGAAGUGUGCCAAUAUUUGGUCAAGCUGCAGCAUAUUUGAAGACCCAAAGCAAUCCUUUAAUUUCAACUGGUAUGCAUGCUGGAAUUGGUGAAGCAUGUGAUAAUGAUCGAGAUGGUCUAGAAGCAUUGAAGAGUCUACAUGAUCAAGAAGAAUUGAAGAUUUAAGUUGGUGUGCAUGAAGGGUUCGAUGGAGCCGGUGAUAAUUGUCUAUUUC